AUGACAGAUUCAAAUACAUAUAAUCAAGAAUCAAAUUUUAAUGAAAUAGUUGAGUUAGAGAGGCAAAUCAAUGGUCGUGCUUGUUAUAAGAAAGGAACUAUUGAAAGCAUUGAAACAAUAAAGAUGAUGGUAGCUAAUAAAGAAAAAAACGUUGAUAUUUCACAAGCUACUGGGCUUUCUUUAAGAACAGUCCAAAAUUGGGUAAUGAAACUUUCAAAUAAUCCCGAUGCUAAACCAAAAAAACGUGGACCUGUUGCGAAGAGUAAUACUGAAGUAAUACUACGUAGAAGAGAAAUUGAACUGUUUGUAUCGGCAAAUAAUUCCUUUACAGCGAUGGAUAUGGGUGAAUUAAUAUCCGAAGAAAAUAAAUGCUCCACAACAACUAUAAAGAGAGAAUUAAAAAAUAUGGGUUAUACUAGAAAGAGAUUAAAGCCAAUUGUGGCUGCAAGAAACUCAGCGAUGGUUAUAGGACAGAGAUUUCUAUAUUGUACUCAUGUUUUUUCUAUUAAUGAUAAUGAUAUAAUUUUUAUUGAUGAAACCGGUUUUAACCUUUAUCAAUCAAGACAUCAUGGAUAUGCAUUAAGUGGGAGUACACCUUAUAUCACUGUACCAACACAAAGGGGAAGAAAUAUAAGCCUUAUAUGUGCUAUUUCCGUAGAAGGUAUUAUAUCAUUUCAAAUGAAAGUAGGAUCUUUUGAUGCUGUCAGUACGAAAGAAUGGAUUGAAAAUUCAUUGAUUCCAGCCCUAAAUAAUCGAAGGUAUGUUAUCAUUAUGGGUAAUGCUCGAUUUCAUCAUUCAGCUAUUGUAACUUCUGCAAUUCAAAAUGGAAUGUGUGUUGUUCACUUUCUCCCACCCUAUAGUCCGCAACUUAAUCCCAUUGAAGAGCUUUUUGGGGUAAUAAAAAAUAGAUACAAUAGAAUUAUUCCAAGACCAGCAACAACGGGGGAUAUGGAAAUGGAAAUAUCAAAUAUUCUUUUAACAUCACGUAAUGAAUCACUACAAGGAUUUUAUACACAUAUGCGUGAAUGGGCAGUAGGAGGAAUCCAACGGAAUAAAUUCAUUUAA